AUGUCGUCGGAAAGUUUAGAAAAAUUGGGUUUAUUUUUUGACGAAUUAAAUCGCGUUAGAGUUUGGGAACCGGAGGCUGCCGAUAAAACAAAUGAUUUAAAAGAUGAAUGUAAAGAUUUUUCACAGAAAAUAACAGAUUUUCAUAAGAUAUCAAAUGAAUUUCUCACAUCAAUACAAAACUUAUCGAAACACGUGGAAAAAGAAAGAAUAAAAGCAUUGGGCUCAUCUAAUUUAUUAAAAUCAAUGGCGAAACAAAGAGAAACCCAACGAAAACAAUAUAAGUCACUCAUAAUAGAAAAAUCAACGGAAUUGGAACGUUUAAGAGUUCAACAUCAAUCAUUAUUAAAAAUUGAAUCUGAACAACAGGAUAUAAUUGAUCAGAUACAAAUGUAUUAA